UCUCCUCUCUUGCGAGUGUUGUUCAGCUACCCGAGCAGCAGCAGCCGCCGCCGCCGCCGCCUCCGCCUCCGCCUCCGCCUCCGCCUCCGCCUCCUCCAAGACAGCCGACGUCAUGGGUCGUAUGCACAGCCGAGGUAAGGGUAUUUCCGCAUCAGCACUUCCAUACAAGAGGACUCCACCGAGCUGGCUCAAGAUAUCUUCACAGGAUGUAGAAGAUAGUAUCUAUAAGUUUGCAAAGAAGGGGUUGACACCUUCUCAAAUUGGUGUUAUUCUUCGUGAUUCUCACGGAAUUGCACAGGUGAAGAGUGUCACUGGUAGUAAGAUUUUGAGGAUACUCAAGGGCCAUGCACUUGCUCCUGAGAUACCUGAGGACUUGUACCACCUCAUUAAGAAAGCUGUUGCAAUUCGCAAGCAUCUUGAGAGGAACAGAAAGGACAAAGAUUCCAAGUUCAGGUUGAUUCUUGUUGAGAGUAGAAUUCACAGGCUUGCUCGCUACUACAAAAAGACAAAGAAGCUUCCACCUGUCUGGAAAUAUGAAUCUACGACUGCCAGCACACUUGUUGCCUGAAGCUGAUACAUGAUGGAAUGGUGGAUUUAUAACUUGUUAUUUCGGGAAGAGAGUUGCUAGUUACUCUUAGACUAUUUUUCUUCGUAGAGUUUUUGGAAUGCUUGAUUUUAUUGAGGUAGACUGGAAUAUCACUAAGCUGGGUAGUGCAAUAUUUAUAUGAUCUUCCAUGGGGAAUGCAGGUCCAGUUUUCUUAAGAAUG